AGAAUCAGAUUGAGGCUGCCUCUACAGCAGUGUCGAUCAGUCUCUCUCUCAUUGGAUGUUGGACAUGGAUGCUGUGCACCAAUAGGAUUCAGAACUGUACAAAGCAAUCUAGUCCCUGCCCCCAUGCAGCCUCGGCGCUUUAACACUUACAAUGCAACGAGCUCGGGGAGAGACAGCAAUGAGCUCCCGUUUUUUUUAAAGAUUUAAACAUAUGCAUUUCAGCUUUCAGCCAUGUUUAGACGACGUGGUCAUUUUUCUUUGGGAGUAUUUCCUACUCUGUUGGAUUCCAGCAUCGUUAUGAAGAAUAUCUCGUUUGGAAUAAGUGUGUUAUAACGGAGCGAGGAUGACAAAGAGAAUAGGAUACCGAGACUGGAGAUGGCAGGCGCUUUGGUGGCAUCACUUCUUUCUCUUGUGGAGUAUAACAGACGCACAGACUCGUUACAGCAUCCCGGAGGAACUAAAACAGGGCUCUGUGGUAGGAAAUCUAGCCAAAGAUCUUGGUUUGGGACUAUCUGAGAUUUUUGAUCGCAAGCUGCGAGUCGCCUCUGAGGCUGGUAAGCAGUAUUUCACUGUGGAUGCGGGGAAGGGCGAGCUGGUGGUGAAUGACAGAAUAGACAGAGAGGCUUUAUGUGGACAAAGCGCCAGCUGUGUUCUACCUCUGCAAGUAGUUGUUGAAAACCCUUUGCGGUCGCAUCGAAUUGAAGUGGAAAUCAGAGACAUAAAUGACAAUUCUCCUCGUUUUCUAACACAGGAGAUUAACCUUAAAAUUCCAGAAUCCGUUGCGCUCGGCAAACGUUUUCCUCUGGAGAGCGCAGAGGACCCUGAUGUUGGGAGCAAUUCUUUGAAAACCUACUCGCUAAGCAAAAACGAUUAUUUUUCUCUAAAGUUUAAAGAAACUAAAAAUGGAAAAGCGGUCCCGGAAUUAGUGUUAGAAAAAACAUUAGACCGGGAAAAGAAUGCUCUCCAUCACCUGCUGUUGACAGCAUUAGAUGGAGGAAACCCGGUCACGUCUGGAACCUGUAAGAUCACCAUUACUGUACUUGAUAUUAAUGAUAAUUUUCCAGUAUUUAACGAAAAUGAAUAUAAAGUUUCUUUAAAAGAGAACAGCACCAAAGGGACAUUUGUCAUCAAACUCACAGCCAAAGAUGCUGACGAUGGUCUAAAUGGUGAAGUGAAAUAUUCUUUCGGGUCCCGCACUCCAGACUUUGUGUUAUCAACAUUUGAAAUUAAUGAUAUGACAGGUGACAUCGUUUUAAAAGGUUUAUUAGAUUAUGAGACUUCUAAAUCUUACCUGAUCGAUAUAACUGCUAAAGACAAAGGCGUCCCUGAAAUGGAGGGUGACUGUCGUGUGCAGCUGGAUGUGGAGGACAUAAAUGAUAAUGCGCCAGAUAUUGUGUUGACUUCAAAACCCGUGCCUGUUCGCGAAGACGCACCAAGUGGCACAGUGGUGGCAUUGAUCAGUGCACGAGACCUUGACUCCGGUAAUAACGGUAAAGUGAAUUUGCGUUUACCCAAAGGUUCUCAUUUCACUCUAAAACCCUCAUUUUCUAAUAAUUAUGAACUGGUAACCAGUGCUGCUUUAGACCGAGAGAGUUUCUCAGAAUAUAAUAUUGAAAUUACAGCCACUGACUCAGGCUCUCCUCCUCUAUCCAGUAAGAAAAUUAUUCCUGUCAGCAUCACUGAUGUGAAUGACAACCCUCCUGUAUUCUCUCAGCCCUCCUAUAAUGUGUAUUUAAAGGAGAAUGGGGUACCAGGAUCUAUACUGUACUCAGUAUCAGCCUCUGACCUGGAUUUUGGUGAAAACGCUAAAAUCUCUUACUCUAUACUGGACUCUAAAGUGCAGGACGUUUCUGUCUCAUCGUAUGUUUACAUUAACUCAGAUAACGGCAGCAUCUACAGCAUGCACUCGUUUGACUAUGAGAAACUGAAGGUGUUUCAGAUUCAGGUUCAGGCAAAGGAUCAGGGCUCUGCGUCUCUCGGCAGCAACACCACCGUCCAUGUUUUUAUCCUGGACCAGAACGACAACGCCCCGUUGCUUAUCUCCUCCGCUGCCCUGGGCUCCUUCUCUCACCAGAGGAUGCCCCGCUCCGCUAAAGCGGGUCACCUGGUCACUAAGAUGACGGCCGUGGACGCGGACUCGGGCCAUAACGCCUGGAUCUCCCACAAAGUGGCGGAGGCCACAGACGCCUCUCUGUUCACUGUCAAUCUGUACACAGGGGUGAGGACUAAACGCGCUGUGUCCGAGCAGGACGACUCCUCUCAGAGGCUGCUUAUAGAGAUCAAGGACGACGGGGACCGGUAGUCCUCCACCGUCACGGUGUCCAUCCUGCUGGAGGACGGCCUCCAUGAGCCCAUCUUAGACCUCCGACAGAAAGUGACCGAGCCCAGCAAGAAAACUGGGAGAAUCACCUUGUAUUUGAUUCUUCUCCUGGCCUCGGUGUCCGUGCUGUCUGUGGUGACUUUUCUCAUCUUAGCGGUUAAAUGCAUCAGGAGCAGCAGAAGCAGCGGUAGUUGCUGCAUGACACAGGGUGACUAUGAUGGUUACAAGAACCCCAACAGAAACCUGCAGAUUCAGCUCAACACUGAUGGACCCAUAAAGUACGUGGAGGUCCUGGGAGGAGACAUGUUGUCUCAGAGUCAGUCCUUCAGGUCCUGUAUGUCUCCAAUGUCCGAGUACAGUGACUUCACUAUGAUUAAGCCCAGCAGCACCACUGACUUUAAGGAGGUGAUCAGUGUCCUGGAUGCGUCUUUACCGGACAGCACCUGGACCUUUGAGAGCCAGCAGGUGAGGAGAGAGUAAAAUAAUCUUCUAUAUGCACAUUUACAACCAAGAUUAUUUGAGUUUUCUCAUGAUUUAUUGUCUGUCUGUCCUCGAGGGACUGGAUUUGUUAUGCCAUUUUUUCAAGUAUCAUAUAUUGAGAUUUAUAUUAUUACAUUUCUUUCAUUUCACAUAAAUGAGCAAGACGGCUUUUUUGUCACAAGUAUUUACUACUCACAUGCAACUGAAUAUUUGACGCUGAAAUAAACUCACAU